AUGGCUUCCUCACAACCCUUCGGCACGCGCUCCUACGCCUCCGGAAAACUCCCCGACCGAUCCAUCAACGCCAACGCCCUCCCCUUCAGCGCCUCCUCCUUCUCGCGACACCGCAGUCUCGCCGGCGCGCCCGGCGCUCCCACGGCCGGCGACUUCGCCGACCCCAAAGCCAGCCAACAGGCACCAGGUCCAUCGCAAGCACCACCGCAACCACCCAUGCAUUCACAACCCCAACAAGACACGAAUCCCUUGAAUCGAUUGACAGAGGAGCAACGCGAAGAGAUCAACGAAGCUUUCACCCUCUUCGACCUCGACCGCGACCGCCACCUCGACUACCACGAACUCCGCGUCGCCUUCCGUGCACUAGGCUUCACCCUCCCCAAACAAGAGCUCAUCUCCCUCCUAACCACCUACGGCGUCCCGCGUCCCCAAGUCCAACAACAACAGCAACAGAACGCCGGCAACCCUCCCCCACCCCAGCAACAACAGAACCGCGCGGCAGCAACUACGAACCCCCAACACCCGAGUAAUCUGCUCAUGCCACUAUCGGCCUUUCAGGCCGUCACGGCGCUGAAGAUACUGGAGCGGGAUCCGCGCGACGAGAUCCUGCGCGCGUUCGAACUGUUCGACGAAGGCGGGAAGGGAUACAUUGAUCUGGAGGACUUGAGGCGCGUGGCCAGGGAAUUGGGUGAGACGGGUCUCGAAGAGGAGGAGUUGAGGGCUAUGAUUGAGGAGUUUGAUUUGGAGGGUGUUGGGGGUGUUACGCGCGAGGCGUUCGUCGGGAUUUGUUGGCAGUGA